AUGUCUGUUCGACCAGCUUCAGUAGCUCUAGCGGAAGAUGAACAUCGUGGUCCUCAGCUUGGUGAACGCCUCGGUCGUAUAGAGCUUGUUCUCGAUAGAUUGAUGUCUAAAAUGGAACAGUAUGAAGAGCAAGAUAAUGCGACUAAGAUUCAUACUCCAGAAAGCAUGGGUACUGGUGAUGUUCUUGCACCAUUUGCAAAUACCGCCUCAAAUGGAUACGACAGCGCUACAACUGUACCUAUCCUGUCCCUUUUUGAUAAUCCUGUUCUAGGUCGCCGAGAAAAGGAAAGCCAAUCCGAGAUCACAACCCCAAAAUCUCAACCAAGUGGCGAAAAGACAAACAAGCAAUGUUGCAUACCAACAAAGGUUGAAAGGAUCAAAGAUGUUCUAAUAGAACUUCUUCCAUCACAGGAAGCCACGAAUUUACUUUGCUCUUUCUCUGAUUGCUGGCUAUUAUUGCAUUCUUUGACAAACCACUCAGCUCACAUUAUGCUAGAACCAUCAGCGUUCAAUCCGAAUCAUUCAUUCAAUGUUCCUAGCAUCGCAAAAGAAAGUCCCGCAAUGAUAGCACAAAUACUUCUUUAUAUGGCUGUAUGCUUACAGCAAGUACCUCAUGGAUACGACGCAAGCCAAUUGGGCAUCACUACUAGUAUCGAAGCUCGAGUAGAUAAGAUCAUGUCAACAGUGUCAGGGCUCGUGACUUCGGAUGACGAACUUGUAGCUUCUGUUCAAGGACUGGAAUGUUUAGUACUCCAAGGAUUGUUUCAUAUGAAUGCGGGUAAUUUACGUCGCGCAUGGCUUACUUUCCGUCGAGCUAUGAAUAUCGGUCAGCUUAUGGGUCUACACAAACGCGAAGAGCUUAGUACUACACCUUUACCACCUGGAGGAGUCAACCUUUGGAGAAGUUUGAUGCAGGCAGACAGAUAUUUGAGUUUACUCUUAGGCAUGCCUGCUGGAGCGGAGGAUAGUGUGAUUUUAUCUCACGAAACGUUCAGCAAUCCUAAUGUCGAUCAUGACAUUCUAUUCAUCAGAAAGCUUACAAAUUUAGCUGGAGGAAUAAUCGAGAGAAAUCAAUCCGACUAUAUUCAUGCAUUUGCUAGUACUCAAGACCUUGAUGAGAAACUUGAAAAUAUUGGUAGGGGAAUGCCCGCAUCUUGGUGGGAAGUGCCAAGUCACAUCGAGACCGUCAGUAAAGACCCGAACUCCGCCUCAAAAUUUGAUCGAAUCAUGUCACAGAUCUACUACUUUCAAUUGGAAUCAUUUUUACACUUACCAUUUAUGGUUAGAGCUGCCACCGAACGUCGCCACGAAUAUAGUAAAUUUACCUGUCUCAAAUCAUCUCGAGAAAUCAUAUCGCGCUAUCUCACCAUCAGACGAUCAGGUACCAAAUCUUUUUGUUGCAAAGUGAUUGAUUUUGGAGCUUUCACGGCAAGCGUAACUCUUCUCUUGAGUGUACUGGAAACCCCUCCAGUAGGCGGCGACACAAUCGCAGUCCAAGGUCAAAAAAGAUCUGACAGAGAACUCGUUGAAACUGUCUUGGGUGUCAUGGGCGAAUGCGCUUCAGAAGAUGAUGUAAUGGCCAUUCAAAGUGUCGAGGUUAUUAAAACCCUUCUCGCAUCAACCAGCACAAGUGGAAAUCUUCGUCUCACAAUCCCUUAUUUCGGUACAAUUUCAAUAGCACGUACACCCGUAUCUUCAACACCCGCUACAAAUAUCACCCAAUCAACUCCCUCUAUCGACGCCCAGUCUUUGAAUACGACUCCGUCUCUUAUGCAAGAUAUGACCCCGGGAGACUCACAACAUGUGCAGAAUGAAUUUGACAAUUCACUUAAUUGCCCAUGGGCUGCUGCUCAACCUAUUGUUUCCUUUAAGAGUAGCCAGUUUCCACCGUUGGAGCCGGAACAACAAAUUGAUGAUUGGUCUAAUUUACAAGUGGAUAAUACGAUGUUUUUUGACAGUUUGUUAAAUACAGAUUUGGAAGGAAAUUGGUACUUCUAG